GAGGAGGGAAGCGCUCACACGCACUGUACUCACGGCGCCUGCUCUGGUCCGCUCCUUCGACAGUGCGCAGCCUAUAAUUCAGUACAGACAAGAGACACCCUCGACCAGUUCCCGGACUCUACCCUAGGCUACUGCUGAGGCCGUUCUAACAGGACAUACCUCGAAGAGCGGAACAUGGGACCAACGAAUCCAAUUUAUUGCAAAGGAAAAGGUUGACAUCACACGUGAGUCAUUUGGAGAGGCAGAGGUGUAUAAACAAACGGAGCAGAUAAAGAUGAACAUUACCAUGACCUGUCUCCAUCGCCACCACCACAUUCGUUUAGCUUUUUCAUUUUCUGCACAGACGCAGAAUAGGUGGAAUUAUUGAUUAAAAGGGAAGAGGAUUCCAAUGUGGACGGGAGAGGAGACACUCGUGACAAUGAUAGUCGCGUCAAUUUAGGAGCGGCCCUUCAGAAGAUAGCCGUUUAUAUGUGAAGGACAGAAAUGAAGUCGUCUCCAGGAUAGCGCUGUGAGCGAGUGCAUCCGAUCGGAGUUUGCUGGCGAUCUGUGGGACUGCUGCACCCCGUAUUUGCGGCCAUGCUGCGGGAAGCAUCCUCCGAGCUCUUCACCGACUUGAGGGGCUUUUACCAGCCGAUUGUUAUAACAGUGAAUUCGUUAAAAUGAUUUCGUUGUCUAGAAGACGGCUAUUCCCGAGGCUUUUUGCAAUAUUUGUUUCAUCGUUUGCUAAAGAACUCUGCGCAGAGAGAGCUGAUCAUAUUUCACAUAGCUCUGACAUUUGUAUCCUAACAAAAUUCUGUGGAAAACAUGUAAUUAUUUAUAGACUAUGUUCCGUGAAUUGCGGAACAAAAGUUUUGGGUUGUGUCCCGGGUUGGGUAGUGUAGGCCUAUGGGGUUAAGUGUUUCUCUGUUUGUGUUUCAAGUCGGCACGCAUAGCAGUCAAUUCGCUCACGCUUAUUAUGUGAGUUAGGCAUUGUAUUAAAAUCUGAAUGAAUGUGUUGGAUGUGGUUUCCCCUACUGGUAUUGCACUCUAACAGCUGGACAGUGUACUAUUCACGAGGGGACAGGCGUGUUGUCCAGAGAGUCAGGUGGAGAACGAACCCAGAGGUCCUAUCCACUUUAAGCCCUUUAUGGGGGGGGGGUUAAUGUUUAGUGCAAAAACAAAUAUUUUUAUACAAGUCAGCCUUGCAUGACUGCCUUGGGGAGCAAGUCAUUUCUUACAGCAGAUUCUAACAUCUGAACAUGGGCACCAAACAGACCAAAGGUGCUGGGUGCCAAGAGGCUGGGCCCAGCCCACAGCACGGGUGGAAACGGACCCCUACCAAGGAGAGGGGUGACAUCUUCACCUCCUUCAUGUUGAGGUCAGGGGACCGGCUGAGUCGUGGAGGGUCCCCUCCGCCCUACCAGCGCCGGAUAAGCAUGAUCCAGGAGAUGAUGCUGAUGGCCAAGCAAGGAAAACAGGACAAGGCCACAGAGAUGCUGCAGACACUCCGGCAGGACUUGGGGAUGGAGUCCACGUCUCUGGAUGAUGUGCUGUACCGUUACGCCAGCUUCAGGAACCUGGUGGACCCCAUCACCCACGACCUCGUCAUCAGCCUGGCCAGAUACAUCCAGUGCCCCCCCAAGACCGGCCCGGGGGAGGAUUCUCUGGGUGCCAUGGAGAAGGUGUGUCGCCAGCUGACCUAUCACCUGAGCCCACACUCACAGUGGAGACGGCAGGGCAUACUGAAGAGGAAGCCGCUGGCAUGUCUCAAGGUCAUGCUGUCGACCCCUCCCCCUAAUGGGACGCUGGACCUUUCGGGCAUCCCCCUGACGGUGCGUGACAUGGAGCGCCUUUGUGCCUACCUGCAGCGCCACGCGCCCAUCAUCUGCAGCCUGGAGCUGGGCUUCACCGAGCUCACCGACGACGCCUUCCUCCUCCUCCUGCCCACGCUGGCCGCCCUGCCCCGCCUGGAGACCCUGGCCCUCAACGGCAACCGGCUGACCCGUGCCGUCCUCAAAGAGCUGACAGACAGCCUGAAGGACCCGGCCAGCUUCCCCAGUGUCACGUGGAUCGACCUGGGCAACAACGUGGACAUCUUCUCCCUGCCCCAGCCCUUCCUGGUGAGUCUGAGGAAGCGCUGCCCCAAACAGGGCAACCUGCCCACCAUCCUGGAGUUUGGUGAGAGCCAGGCCAGCGAGCCCGAGGGGAGGGUGGGGGAUGAUGACGAUGACAGGGAUGACACCAACAGGACAGUGAGCAUGGAUGAACUGAGGUCGGAGGUGGAGGGAGAGACGGAGAUUGAGGAGAUGAUGGAAGAGUUGUUGGACUUUGACCUGGAAGUGCAGGGGAAGGAGAACGAGAUAGAGGACAGCAUGUGGACAAUGGAGGAGCAGAGGAGGGAGGGACAGAGGAAGGAGGAGACACGGGGACAGGGAAUUAGGAAGAUGGUGGAGAGGGCGGAGCUCGAGGAGGAAGACACAGAGAGUGAGUCCUCCCACUUGUCUUGCUCCAGCCACUCGCAGCAUUCCUCAAGAGCGGUUGAUCUAAUGAAGGAGGAUGGAGAGAAGGGGACUGAUCACGUAGACCACCUAACCUGAGCAAGAACCCCGGUCCACUCUGCUUGUAACUUCCCCUCCCACGUUUUGUCUAGAAGGAGAAGAGAGCAGUACCAGCAAACAGUGAACGUUGCUAUAACGUUAGAUAACGUCAUUGGAACGCAUUGGUAACCGGAACUUGUUUUCUGGGUUGGACAUCUGGGGGAGGGACUCUGUCAUCUCAACCUACUGGAAUGGAUCCGGAAUAACCAACUGAUCUGGGUGGACUGUUCGUUCACGGAUGUACAGUUUAGGGAGAUGACAAUCCAGGUUGAAAGAGGAGGAGGUUUGUGAUAACUCGUAUUGUUGUUUCAUUAUGAAUUAGGAUUACAAUCCUCUGUAGUAAAGAGUAAUAAGACAUAUUAUAUAUCAAAUGUAGAAAAUAUUGACCUUUUCGAAUGUACAUGUGAGUAUGUCAACACUGAGAUGUUUCAUUCAGGUUUUACUCCCUGCUCAUCCUGUCCUAUAGAUGGAUGAAUGCCUAUGUGCCUGUCACUUGUUCCCCUCUUGGUGGAGAGACUGUGUAUGUCAGAGAGAGAGAGACAGACGACUGAUGGAUGGAUGGACGGACAGACAGACAGACGGGUAGGUAGAAAGGCAGAAGAAGAGUGGUAGACAUGGACUGCUUUGGUGUGUGAACAAGAUAGCAUCUUUCUCUCUGAUACUACAGUAUGUCUGUCUGUGUAUCUCUCUGACCAGCGCUCUCUUCACCAAUCCUAACUACCCAUUUUUUUUUAAUGCAUAUGCAUGCUCCAGUGUGUCGAUUUUUUGAAUAUGAAAGGAAAAGAUGCUGACUAUAAGGCUCAUGAUUGUAAAACAUGUGAGGGGGGAGUUUGUUGCUGUGUGGAAAAGCAGUGUUUUGGCUAAGGAAUAUGGCUUAAGCACUAUGUUGACAGGAGAUAUGAUGACCGGAGCUACAGUGACAGGAGAUAUGGUGACAGGAGAUAUGGUGACAGGAGCUACGGUAACAGGAGCUACGGUAACAGGAGCUACGGUAACAGGAGCUACGGUAACAGGAGCUACGGUGAUAGGAGCUACGGUGACAGGAGCUACUGUAACAGGAGAUAUGGUGACAGGAGCUACGGUAACAGGAGCUACGGUGACAGGAGCUAUGGUGACAGGAGCUACGCUACGGUGACAGGAGAUAUGGUGACAGGAGCUACGCUACGGUGACAGGAGAUAUGGUGACAGGAGCUACUGUAACAGGAGAUAAGGUGACAGGAGCUACGGUAACAGGAGCUACGGUGACAGGAGCUACGCUACGGUGACAGGAGCUACGGUGACAGGAGCUACGGUGACAGGAGGUACGGUGACAGGAGCUACGCUACUGUGACAGGAGAUACGGUGACAGGAGAUACGGUGACAGGAGAUACGGUGACAGAAGAUACGUGACCGGAAAUACGGUGACAGGAGCUACUGUAACAGGAGAUAUGGUGACAGGAGCUACGGUAACAGGAGAUACUAUAACAGGAUAUAUGGUGACAGGAGAUAUGGUGACAGGAGCUACUGUAACAGGAGAUAUGGUGACAGGAGCUACGGUAACAGGAUAUAUGGUGACAGGAGAUAUGGUGACAGGAGCUACUGUAACAGGAGAGAUGGUGACAGGAGCUACGGUAACAGGAGAUAUGGUGACAGGAUAUAUGGUGACAGGAGCUACUGUAACAGGAGAUAUGGUGACAGGAGCUACGGUAACAGGAGAUAUGGUGACAAGAGCUACGGUAACAGGAGAUAUGGUGACAGAAGCUACUGUAACAGGAGAUAUGGUGACAGGAGAUAUGGUGACAGGAGCUACUGUAACAGGAGAUAUGGUGACAGGAGAUACUGUAACAGGAGAUAUGGUGACAGGAGAUACUGUAACAGGAGAUAUGGUGACAGGAGCUACUGUAACAGGAGAUAUGGUGACAGGAGAUAUGGUGACAGGAGCUACUGUAACAGGAGAUAUGGUGACAGGAGAUAUGGUGACAGGAGAUAUGGUGACAGGAACUACUGUAACAGGAGAUAUGGUAACAGGAGAUAUGGUGACAGGAGCUACGGUAACAGGAGAUAUGGUGACAGGAGCUACUGUAACAGGAGAUAUGGUGACAGGAGAUAUGGUGACAGGAGCUACUGUAACAGGAGAUAUGGUGACAGGAGAUAUGGUGACAGGAACUACUGUAACAGGAGAUAUGGUAACAGGAGAUAUGGUGACAGGAGCUACUGUAAUAGGAGAUAUGGUGACAGGAGAUAUGGUGACAGGAACUACUGUAACAGGAGAUAUGGUAACAGGAGAUAUGGUGACAGGAGCUACUGUAACAUGAGAUAUGGUGACAGGAGAUACUGUAACAGGAGAUAUGGUAACAGGAGAUAUGGUGACAGGAGCUACUGUAACAUGAGAUAUGGUGACAGGAGAUAUGGUGACAGUUGUGGUGAAUAGAAUAAUUCAAUCAAGAUAUUAUGUAGUUCAGAGCAAAGUGCUGAAUGACAACCCAUCUUUAGUAGCCUCGCCUUUAUCGCUGCCAGUCAUGUAGAGUGAACGUAUCACUUAUCACCGUCGUAUCAAAACGUUUAAUAGUAUUUUGUUGUGUGGUCACAACAAUGCCAUCUUACAGGGACUGUCUCUGGGCUACAGCUAUAGAACACGCCCUCAUUCUCAGUAACUAUGUAGCUCUCGCACGGCACAUGUUUUCCCAUUUGUAACAACGGUCUAAUCAAACGCUUUAAGAAUUAGGAUCAUGCGCUUCAUCUUCUUUGUUAAUUGUAUAUAUGAGGUACCUGAUGCCUUUAAGGGCAGUGACAUGGGGUUAUGUGUCAGCUGAGGGGAUUGCAAUAGGGUCCAGAGGUUCAACGUCAGUUCUCAGAAGUGUAAUUCCUCAACACUAUUAUCAUACCCCCCCCCCCCCCCCCCCCAACAAAGAUAGAUGUUUGUGCUGAUAGUGUGUCUGUUAUACUGUAUUCAAAUGAGAAGACCGUGGAUAUACUGUAUCUUAACAGACCAAUUAGAACCACCAUUUCCAGGGUCUCAUGUCCAGAACUCGAUCCACCGUUGCACACUGUUGCCUCGCAAGCACUUCCUGAAGCGUGUAUUCUGUUCUCAGGUCUACUCCUAUCUGAGACAUGUCUUGUUCAUUCAAGUCUUUCUUCGUCCGGAGACGGUCCAGUUGAACACAGGGUUGUGUGUAUGUGGGUCUAUAGGAGAUGUAAUAGAUGAGUACACUGUCUGUAUUUGCACGGUGUCCCACUGUGUGUCUCUGAUGGAUUUCUCUGUGAGAGUGCUUUGUCUGUCUGGGUGCAGUCUCGAUGGAUUUCCCUGUGAGAGUGCUUUGUCUGUCUGGGUGCAGUCUCUUGUGUCUCGAUGGAUUUCCCUUUGAGAGUCCUUUGUCUGUCUGAGUGCAGUCUCUUGUGUCUCUGAUUGAUUUCCCUGUGAGAGUGCUUCGUCUGUCUGGGUGCAGUCUCUUGUGUCUCUGAUGGAUUUCCCUGUGAGAGUGCUUUGUCUGUCUGGGUGCAGUCUCUUGUGUCUCUGAUGGAUUUCCCUGUGAGAGGGCUUUGUCUGUCUGGGUGCAGUCUCUUGUGUCUCUGAUGGAUUUCCCUGUGAGAGUGCUUUGUCUGUCUGGGUGCAGUCUCUUGUGUCUCUGAUGGAUUUCCCUGUGAGAGUGCUUUGUCUGUCUGGGUGCAGUCUCUUGUGUCUCUGAUGGAUUUCCCUGUGAGAGUGCUUUGUCUGUCUGGGUGCAGUCUCUUGUGUCUCUGAUGGAUUUCCCUGUGAGAGUGCUUUGUCUGUCUGGGUGCAGUCUCUUGUGUCUCUGAUGGAUUUCCCUGUGAGAGUGCUUUGUCUGUCUGGGUGCAGUCUCUUGUGUCUCUGAUGGAUUUCCCUGUGAGAGUGCUUUGUCUGUCUGGGUGCAGUCUCUUGUGUCUCAAUGGAUUUCCAUGUGAGAGUGCUUUGUCUGUCUGGGUGCAGUCUCUUGUGUCUCUGAUGGAUUUCCCUGUGAGAGUGCUUUGUCUGUCUGGGUGCAGUCUCUUGUGUCUCGAUGGCUGGUUUUGGGAGGAAAGACUCUACUGGAGGAUGUUUCGUUGGAACUCAGUCCAUAUCUGUCAUAUUGAGAAGAUGUGACCAUGCAGUUUGUUUCUUUGUAUACUUGAAUGUUUGGGCAUCUCUGGCACCUCUCUCGUCACUGCCCACAGCGCUGCAAUUUCCCCUCCCAAACCAGUGGAUGAUUAUUAGUGGAAUAUGAAAACAAAAUAAGCAAAAUGUGCCUGAGUUAAUGGAGCAAACUAAACAGUUAAAAAUACAAAUAAACAAAUGUUGCGUACUGGAAUUAAAGGAUUUUAUGUGUAUGAUAUUGAGUAUAUCGUGUAUUCAUAAGGAUCAUUCACAGUUCAAUGAUUCUCUCUCUCUCACUCGCUCGCUCUCUCUUUUUCUCUCUCUCUCCCUCUUUUUCUCUCUCUUUCUUUCUCUCUCUCUCUCGCUCUCUUUUUUUCUCUCUCUCUCUCUCUUUCUCUCUCUCUCGCUCUCUUUUUUUCUCUCUCUCUCUCUUUCUCUCUCGCUCUCUCUUUCUCUCUCUCUCUCUCUUUCUCUCUCUCUCGCUCUCUCUCUCUCUCUCUCUCUGAAAGGGAAAAGGGUUGUACGAUUCUAAAAGCAUGUCUGUAUGCAACUUUGCUCUCUCUCAAACACACAGUCACACUCAAACACUCACAUUCACACUCACAGUUUAGGUGAUGAAUUGGAAAGGGAUGUUCUGUGUAUUGCCAUGAAAUGAAAAUCAAGUGACUUGCUGUCUUGCCAUGAAAUAAAAACAAUAAAUACUGUGUUCUGG